UCCGCACCAGGCCGCGCAGACUCUUCUGCUUUUCGGCCAGCACGCAGCGUGUUAAGAGCAUUCCGCGCGCCGUUCGCGCCCUGCCGCAGGCAAACGGGGCUGCCGGGCUCAUUUGUGCAAACAUGCCUACUUCCCAGUUGCCACUACACAGUGGGUUGCAUUUUCGUCUUCGUAUCUUUUUCAUGUUCUACGAUACGAUAGAGGUCUGCGUGACGGUAAUGCUAUUCGCAAGGGUCUCUGUCCUUGAAAGUCGUGCUUGAUCGUUCAACUCCAAUAGCCAGACAUAAGUCGUCAAAAACAUGUUUUGCUCGUAGGUAUUGCGUCCUCUCUCGUUCAAAUGUCAUCUCUGUUCGUCCAGGGAAUCCACGCGUCUAAUUGGUCGUGCGUUCAGUUUUUCGUUUGCGUCUUCGUGCAGUGCUUCGUGCUUCUCGUGUUACCUUAACCAAUGCGUUCAAACUUCGACUCCAGUAUACCAACAAAAAGCUCAGUUUGCUUUGGUCAUUCCGAACCCAAAAAAACCUACUAUUACUCAGAACUAAACACAAUUGCUUUUACAGAACACAUUAAAUUUUCACUUGUUCGCAAUAACCAUUCGAGAUUCAAGUUUCUUGUCAACUUGUUUCAGCAUAUACCAAAACAGUUUCAGGAUGAUGCCGUCACUGCUGGUCAAUAAAUGUGACGGGUUUAUUUCCGCUUCCAUGUUCGACGAGGAAGAUAUGUUUGAGGAAUGGGGGUUGAUGUACGAAGAUGAGUACGGAUCCGCGGACGAGUUCGCGCUUGACGACAAAGACACUUUCGACAGCCGUGCUGAGUGUGAAAUUCUUGCCAUGGAGUCCCCAAGUGAUACGGUGGAAGAGAUGGGUAUUUUUUCUGCUCUUUGGUGAUGUAGAUGUACUAAUGCUGUAUGACUUGUUCUUAAUAGCUUUUCGCUCCAGCUGCGAGGAGGUAUUGAAGGUGCAGCGUGUUGGGCUUUCUACUGCCUUGGUUCAAGCAACUCUUCGUAAAAUUGAUCGCAGGUGACAACUCCGUUUUCUGUCCGGAGGUCGAUUGGGAAGAGCUGACACGUUUUACGGCAGUGAAAGAACAGCUUGGGGGAACGAGCGAUGUCAGUACCACGAAUAGCGAUGCUGAGAGCGAAACCGACGAUGAAGUGGAGGGCUACGCGUAUUGUUUGAUUGUUUCGACGGUUGUUUUCGAUGGUGUUUGAUUGUUCCGACUUUUGCUAGUAUGGAAUUUCAUGACAACGUCUGAGCGCUCCCUACCUUUUGAACCAAAGAUGUAUGAACAUAACACACUACAGAUAUGUUCAAAAGAACCUCUCUUACGCCGGCGACAACCAGCCGUCGAGUGACACCCUACAGUAUGCCUACCUCACUUCCGACGCGUAUCCGAUCGUGGAGGAUACUUCGGGCCACAGCUACGACAACUGCCAGUUCCACACGCUUUCACGCGACCACUUCUUGUCUUGCAUCAGAAAAUUUUUUGCCAACAUUUUCAUCCUUUUCUACAUGCUUCAGUUCUUUCUUUUCCUUUUUCACAAGCCGUUGUUCUCAUAAUUGUGAUCUCUGAAAGUUCGACUACAGUACGUAGCUGAGUGGAUAGGUGAUACCUGCUCAGCUGACAUUGAGUUGUAACAGAAAUAGUAGCUCAAGCUCAGUUGCACAGUGGGAAAUUUUGCUUUUCCAUUUUUUUGCCAUUGUUUUUUAGUACUUUUUGACUCAUUGACUUUCCAUGUUUCGUGCAUUCGGACAACAUUUUUUUCUAUUGUUUUUGCUGCACCUGCAGUUGUAGAAAACAAAUCUGGAACUUUUCCUACACAUGCACAGCAGGGCAUUCUGACUCAUUGCCCUUCUUCUUCUGUUCAAUACGCACUUUGCCCGUGACGCGCAGAAAAACGGGAGAGCAGUGAGAUAAGCACGAUAGCCAUUAGUUGGGGCCGAGGCGUUGUCGAAAGAGAUCUCCAUCUUACAAUGAUGAAGCAGGAGUGAGCGCGCAAUCGUGAAGUGUGAGCGUUUUGCCUACAGAUGGAAGGAGAGUUGACUAGCAGUUGAGCAGCA